AUGAGGACCAUUGCCCUCUUCCUCUUGGUCGCAUUAACAGCCCUGGCAGAGUCUCUCCAUGGCGACCGCAGCGGACGUGUCAAGAGGGAGCUUCUGGUGCGUUCCAAAAGAAGGUGGGUGUUGUCGACAAUUGAACUAGAAGAGGAAGAUAAAGGGCCAUUCCCCAAACAAAUUUCGCAGAUGUUUAAUGACAUGAAGGACUAUCAGGGGCAAACGCACAAGUACGUUAUAAGUGGAAUGGGUGUGAAUGAGGAGCCUCUGGGAGUGUUCCGAAUGGAUGAACAAAACGGAACCGUCUUUGCUCUUAAAUCUGUCGACAGAGAGCAAUACGAAGUUUUCAAGAUUAGGUUUGAUAUCGUGGACAAACAGACAGGGAAGAAUAUAGACAGGGAACUGGCUUUUAAUGUAGAGAUAAAGGACGUCAAUGACAACCCACCUACAUUUUCUACAUCCAGAUAUGAAGAAAAUGUGAUGGAAAAUACUCCAGAGGGAUACUUGCCAGUGCAGCUGCUGGUCACAGACAGAGAUAAGAGGAACACAUCUAACUCUGAAAUCACUGUCAGUGUGAUUAAACAGAUCCCUCAAGAGCCUAAGAUUGGUUUGAAGAUGAUCAGUGCCAAUGUGCACCAACUCACCUUUAAAGGAUGUUUUGACUAUGAUAAAGAAAAGAAGUAUGAAGUUACUGUUCAAGCCAAAGAUGCUGGAACACCGUCCCUUACAUCCACUGCUGUUGUUAUUCUCAAUAUUAUUGACACAAACACUCAUCUUCCAACAUUCAAGGAGGGAAAGUACCAAGGUGAAGUGGCAGAAUCGGCCGUCAUCAACGAUGUUUUGAGAGUUGCGGUAGAGGACAAAGACACUCCUAAAACCCCUGGCUGGCGUGCAAAAUACUUCUUUAUUAGUGGGAACGAGGAAGGAAACUACAAACUUGAAACUGACCCCAACACUAAUGAGGGUAUUCUGAGUGUCAUCAAGGGGAAGGAUUUUGAGAAGACAACUUUGACCAAACUGCAGAUCGGGGUAGAGAAUGAGGAACCCUUAUUUGUUUGUAAAGAUAAAUCUAUUGGUACAUCCACACUUCCGCAACCAGAUUCAGUCAACAUCACAAUGAAAGUGGUUGAUGUCAAUGACCCACCUGAGUUUAAGAGAAAAACAGAAGAUGUGUACCAGAAGGAAGAGGAGGAGCCAGGAAAGGUGCUGUUCACUCCAGAGGUCCAUGAUGUCGAGAAUAACAACAUCAGGUAUACAUUGUUAAAAGAUCCAGCUGGCUGGGUGGCCAUUAAUAACAAAACAGGACAAAUCACAUCAGCUAAGAAGAUGGACAGAGAGUCUCCCUAUGUUAAGGACAGUAUUUACACAGUCAUCAUUGCUGCCACGGAUGAUGGUGAGCCUCCAGCCACAGGUACAUGCACUGUCCUGAUCCACAUUGGAGAUAUCAAUGACAACUUACCUAAGCUGGUCAAUAAUCGCACCAUUAUGUGUGGAAACAAGGUUAACAAGGUCAUGGUGCCAGUCAAGGACUUAGACAUCCAUCCCUUUAGUGGGCCCUUCGUCUUCUCCCUGGGAGGUGAUGACAAAACUCUGAAACAGCAAUGGAAACUAGACCCAGCCUAUGGUGAAGAAGGUGGGCUUAUUAGCCAGAAUUCACUACCUUAUGGUAACUACUCAGUGCCCCUGGAGAUUCAGGACCAACAGAACAUGAUUGGACGUGAAACUCUGGUAGUGAUGGUGUGUGAUUGUGGAAAGGGGGACGUUUGCCUUAGCAAAAAGCCAUUGUCAUCCCGCCUUGGGGUACCUGGCAUUGGACUGAUCUUUGCCGGACUCCUCUUAUUUUUGUUAUUGCUACUGCUCUUUAUGUGUGAGUGUGGAGGGAAAGAGCACAUUCCCAUGAUGGAGGAUGAGGGCAGCCAGACACUCAUCAAGUAUAACCAAGAAGCAGGGGCCUCCGAAUGCAAGGCUGAGCCAACUCUGCUCCUAACGCCUACAAACAGUGUGGCUGUGACAGACGGCCUGAAACAGGGCACCAUGAAGGUGGCCCCAGUAAUGACCCAGAUCAUGGAUAUGUACAACAACUCAGGGCCCACUAUGAUCAACUCCAACAUGAACCCACUGGGCAUGCAGCGUCAAAGAAACAGUCUCAGAAGCUACGGAGGGCAAAGCAUAUACUCUACCUGGACUACAAACAGGAACAACACCUACAAGGGACGAUCAUCAACGUACCAACGCUCUUUCAGCCUGCUGUCAAAUCAAAACAUUGCAGAUCACAUUGACAGGAAACUGUACAUGAUUAAUGGAAACCAUGUAGAGCACCCAGUGUACCAACCCCACGAGUAUGCCUACGAGGGACAGGAAAGCGAAUGCCUAUCACUGGAUCAGAUGUCACUCAGCAACCUGGGAGAUGAUUUGAAGUUUCUGAAUGAUUUGGGGCCAAAGUUCAAGACCUUGGGAGGCAUCUGUCACCAGACAAUUCAAGAAAAAAAGAUAGAGCUUUAAAGGGUACAGCUGAACUAGGAUUUUUUUUUUUUUAUCAGCAAAGUUGUUCUUAGAUAGACCACAAUGUUUGGAUUUUGUACUUGUGCAUUUCAGACUCAAACAUCUCACAUAUUUUAGAGAUCUUAUUCUAUAUCUGAUAUCUAUCCACACAACGAGGAUCAUAUUGUAGAGGUUGCACAAGAUGGAAUUAAUGCACUCCACAAAUGCUCUGGUGAUUGUGAAAUGUUACGUUGUGACUGGGUGUGUUUGCUUGGCUUUUAACUUGUUUACUUUAGGUGUGGUUGCUGCUACAUUGCAAUGCACAUCAUUUCUAACUCUGGAGGUUUUGUCAUUGCAGUGUUAUUGUGAUGUUUUAAACUGUACGUUCAUCUGUGGCAACCGGAAUAUUUCAUAUUAGACACAAUGUUGUGUAUAACUCUUUUGUAAAAAAGCAUUCAUGAGGACCAGCAGAAAGCUGACUGGUUGAAAUCAAUAUUGGUCAACAGUAAUUGUUCAGUGGUAUGGUUACUAAACUGAGGUACCAUAAAUGUUUGUUGCCCGUAGUUAAUGAUCUGGUGAUACAGUAGUAUGGAAUUAACACUAUGUUUGUAUUGCUUUUUCUUGUGUGUUUUUUUUAAUCUUAAACAUGAACUCUUUUAUAAAAUACAUUAGUAUUUGGAGAGAAAUUAGCAUUUGCCAUUACUAAAACCUUUGGGUUGAAAUCUUUUUACCUGUGGGGUGGGUAUUAUUUAUUAAAGCAACUAUAUUAAAAAGUAAUUAUACCAAACUAGCAACAUACUGUACCACUAUGCAUACGACAUAUAAUAUAAAUUUGGUCUGAAAAACUAUAAAAAAAACUUUGUAUUCAUUAAUUUAUACUUGCAUGUUACUUGUCUUACC